GUGAAAAAAUUAUUACAUUUAUGCACUUAAAAAUGAUUUUUUUGGUUUUUGGACAAGCCAGGACCAUACAAGAUUACUGCUCUGGUGUGUGACCAGUGGUCGACAGGUGCAGAGCCAGAAGCACAUGAUGAGGUUGCUGAAACGAUGACUGACGGAGCCCCCACCUGUGAUGAUUCAGAAACAAACACAGAGAGGGUGUGCAGCGAGUGGUUGUCAAAUGUAGAAACAAAAGAGCAUGAUGAGGAGAAACGACAGUACCAGUCUGCAGGGAAGAAGGACCACAUGCCCCAGGAGCGCGUGCGUGGGGCCAGAUUCUAGAAGGAGAACUGAGGAAUGACUUGGUUAUUUUAGUGGUUUGUGAUCUUUAAUGUGAUGGAAUGAAAACUGGAAGGUGAGGUUCCUGUGUGAAGUUGCAACUGAAUGCACAAUCUGCACUUCCUCUGCGUGCAAUGAAAUUUUGGAAGGAGAAUCCCAGCAACAUUUCGAACAGAAACGUGUUUUAAGGAAAGGAGCAUUUACUGGAGGUGUCUAACAGUGAAGAAAGUGAUACGCUAAGAGGUUUUGUUAUUCAUGUUCCCGGGCACUCACACAGGAGAGGCACACGGAGAAAAGGAGGAGGAGGGAAGAUCUGUUCACACACUCCUAGACCCAGGUAGCUUCCUCGCCGGACGAUGCCAGACCGAGUCAGCCCACUGUGGGCUGGAUCUUCUAAAGCAAGCAGGCUGGAAUUCUACCAGAAGGACAUGUCCAUGGAUGCAGACACAGAACUCUUGGAAAAGAUUAGUCUGAACAAAUCUGCUUCCGAGAUGGGGGAGGAAAAAGAAAAAGUCUUGGGAAACAACAGCAACCAUGCUGCACCAUCCCUGAUCUCCAGCCUCCAGGAGGAGACCUCUGCUUUGAAUACUUACACAGCAGAGGAGGAGAAGAGCAAAACACCUCCAGAGAACAAGGGCCAGAUCAUUUUUGAUGACCACAAAAACCUGAAAUGGGUUGAGUGGGAAGGGUCAGUUCCAAGCGGGGCAGUUUCCAUCUGGAAUGAGGAGGCAUCUUGCAGAGAGUAUGUCUGUGCAGAGGCAGGAUGUUCUGUUGGGUUUUUCAAUGAAAGUAAAGGUCCAUAUUGUUACUAUUCCAAUGCUGAUCAAGAACAUCGCACCUCAAACUUCAGAAUGUUGGUAAAUGAGAAUAAUGGUGAAGUGCUAGAGUGGAAGAAAGGGUCAUUUGGUUCCGUUCCACCAAAGUCCGUUCCAAGCUACCCAGGAGUUAACGUUUUUGUAGGUAGGAAUCGUUAUGGCUUAGGAAAAGUAGUCCCUAGGUUUGAAGCUUUCUUCUUACCUCACCAUGGCAAAGAGAAGUUUUACAAAGAAUACGAAGUUCUGACUGUUAACACACCCAAGAAAUAGCAAAAGUUCAGUAUUUAAUAAAUAAGGCAAAAUUUUCUUACUGGCCAAUUCCAAUCUUAACAUGGUCCAAAAUCCUUAACAAUUUUCAAAAUAUAAAAGAAACCACAACCGAUGAGCAAUGCUGAAAAAUUGGUCACCCUACUUGAAAUGGAGUGGUUUCGACAAAAGUUCCCAUUUUCGAUGGGACAUCAGUAUGUUUUUCAUCAGAGAUAACUUUUCCAUCGUAUUGGUGCCAGUCAUACCAAGCUGCAAAAACAUCCAUCUACCUGUGAAAUGAAUGUCCCCACCAUUCAUGAAUGUGAGAUGGUCACGAUGGGUACAAAGACGAGGGCUCAUAUACCCUAACCAGCCACACUCAUCCGUACUUAUCAAAAGGUAGAAACUCUCAGCAACACCAUUCGGGAAACAAGCACCAACAUCCACAUCUCAGAUGUGAAUGCUGAGGUGAGACCAUGCUAGCCCAUAAUAAAUGCUGAACUGUG